AUGGUCACAUGCACAGGUUUUAUUUUUAACAUCCCCAAACUACUUGAUGUUUCUGCCUGGGCUUGCUCCGUGUCCUUCUGUUCUCUUCCCUUUCUUUGCUUGCAGUCCUCCCUCACCCACCUCACUUCAGCCCAGCUGAGCACAACCAGGAGAGCAAGUGUUUGGUACAUACACAGGGGCUCUAUGAUCAAGCACCGGGCCCAGAAAGCUCCCCCUGGGCAGCACAGGCACUGUGAGCGAUGUUUCAGCCGGCACUGCCGCGCGCCAGUUGAGAUCUCCGUCUCCUGCAUGGUGAUCAGCUGCCGCCUUCACUGCGGGGCCACCUUCCACAUGUGCAAGGAGGAGGAGCACCAAUUGCUCUGUCCCUUAGAGCAGGUCUCCUGCCUCAACUCAGCCUAUGGCUGUCCUUUUUCCAUGGCCCGCUUUAAGCUGGGGAAGCACCUCCAGGUCUGUCCAGCCAGUGUUGUCUGCUGCUCAAUGGAGUGGAAUCGCUGGCCAAACGUGGAUUCAGACACCACCCUCCACAAGAACAUUAUGAAGGAGACCUUAAAUGAAGAGUGUCUGGACACAGCCUUGGCACUCAGAGACCAGAAGGUACUUUUCAGGACUUUGAAAAUAGCUGAGUUGUUUCCAGAGUGGAGGAAAAAGGAUGAAGUGGAAGAGCUAUUGGACGAAGCCAUGGGUGGUGAAGGAGGUGCUGUGGGGGGAGUCGCCUGUGGUGCCCAAGAGGGCAAAGACCAGUUGCCCGAGCUCAGCCAACGUGAGCGUGAAGAUCUGGCAAAGGACAAAGAGGGAAUGGACCUGGGAAGUUACAAAACCUGGGAGAACAUUUUCAGCAAAGAGCUCCUGGCUUGCCAGGUUGUGGGCUCAGCAGCCAGCACAGGAAAAAAGACAGAGGAGGCUUCCAAGAAGACAGCACCAGCCUCUCAUGCUGCCAGCUCCACAGAGAAGGCAAAGGAAGGACCUGACGGUGCAGAAGAGGCAAAGGACCAAAAGCCUGAACAAGUAACACCAAGUAGAGAAUUGAAAGGAAUGGCUCCCUGGCAAGAAGGGGUCCUGGAAAGGCUGAAGAAGGAAGUUGGUGUAGGUGAUUACAACAUGUAUCUGGUACAUCAUGGUGGAAUGCUCAUCCGCUUUGGCCAGAUAGCUGCUUGCACUCCCAAAGAAAAAGACUUUGUCUAUGGGAACUUGGAAGCCCAGGAGGUGAAGACUGUCUACACCUUCAAAGUGCCAGUUAGUUACUGUGGCAAAAGAGCGCGACUGGGAGAUGCUCUGGGCCACAAGAUGCCAACUUCAGACAAGUCAGUGGAUACCUCAGAACUGGGAAUAAAUGUAGAAGAACUACCUAAGGCAAGUAUAGUUGAAGCCACACUGCUGUGUGCCCUGGAAAAAGAGCUGAAAGGCCAUGAGAUCUCUGAAGCAAGGGGUAUUGAUGGACUCUUUGUGGAUUUUGCAACACAAACAUACAGCUUUCCUUUGGAACCCUUCUCCUCCAAUGCUGUUCUAGCAGAUGUUCUGGAUGAAAAAAGCCCAGAAGAGCUCCACAUGGAGCUCUACACUGAUUGUGUAACCAGAAGACACAACAAAAGCAGUUCAGCUUUCACAUUCACUUGCAGACAUUUCUUCAGGAGGGAUGAGUUCCCAUCCCACUUCAAGAAUGUGCACGCUGAUAUCCAGUCAUGUCUGGAUGGAUGGUUCCAGCAUCGCUGCCCACUGGCCUACCUGGGAUGUCCUUUUGUUCAAAAUCACUUCCGCCCUGAUGGACUUAAGGCCAAGGUUAUAUACAGCAAGCCUCUCAAGACAUUUGCUAUAAAGCCAGAGGUGGACACCCUUCUUGCUGAACCAGGGAAGUGCAAUUUCACAGUGGAUCGUCGAGGAAGAAAUAAGGACUUGCUGAGCAGCCUCCCAGUGGAAGUGCUCAAGUACAUUGCGGGAUUUCUGGACAGCUUCAGUUUAUCUCAACUAUCACAAGUGUCAGUGCUCAUGAGGGACAUCUGUGCCACUCUUCUUCAAGAGAGGGGAAUGGUCCUGCUGGUCUGGGAGAAAAAAAGAUAUUCCCACGGUGGUACUUCAUGGAGAGCCCACAAAAAGAUCUGGCAGUUCAGCAGCCUCUUCUCCAGAGUUCACAAAUGGCAGCGCAAUGACGUCAUGUGCAUGUCAGAACACCUGAAGAAUUGUCCCUUCUACCAAGUGGAGCACAGGACAGACCCCGUGCUGCUGACAGGAAUGUCUGAAUCUCGAGAGCAGACUCGAAAGACUUUGGUUUCUACUUUCAAGCACAGAGUCUGAACAACCUGCUUGGCCUCUGCUGUGCUCCCUUCAGGUGUCUUCAGAUAAAAAUUUGGGAAUUCAGGUGUAAAGAUUGUUGCUUCCAACUUUCCUUUGGAUGUACAAAACUUUCGUCUCCCUGGCUGUGUUGGAAACAUCCUGCUUUUUUUCUUUUUCUGCAUUAAUUUAAUUGUUGAAACGUCAUCCACUGCUCACUAACAUCAUCUGCUUUCUGUUUAUGUUUCUGUUCCUUGCUUAAUACAGCAUCUUGAAGAAAGCAAUAAGGAUCUUGUUUGAAAACAGCACCUUUGCAACCUUGAAGGUAGGCUGCUGCCCCUGUACCAUGUGCUUGAGAGAAGCAAGAUUAGUUAAUGUAUUUGGCUUGACUAGGUCUGGAACACCUUGGUUUCAUCUGUAAAGCCAAGCUCCAUGAACUCAGAUAGAUGUCCUUCUGCCUGGCAGACCCAAGGACUGGUAACCUGUUCUGAGACAUGGGAAAAAGAAAAGGACAUCCCAGAAUUAAGAGAAUCUGUUAGAACUCCAGUGAGAACUGAGGAAUUUGCAGUUUUGCAGUUGUAAGUUGCAAAUUCUAAUUGUAAGCAACUAUAAAUAAUAUGUCAAAGAAAUACUAUUCUUUUCCAUAAAAGAAGGGACAUUCAGCAACCCAUUCAGUAACAGUACAGAUAAUGCUUGCCUCAGUUAAAGGGGCUUGAGCAUAAGAAUCUUUUCUUUUUUUACAGAGCAGAAGACUGGUUAAGAUUUGAUUUAUUUUUUAAUAAAUACACUAACUUAAAAACUGAAUGGGCUUGUUGAGGCAACAGAUGAGAGAAAGCAAGCAUGUUACCAGCAGUGUCUGUCUCGUUACACUAUUUAAACCCAUUUCAGUGGCACCAGAGAGAAAUGCCAUAGGUGUAGUGGUGGGUGGGAUUCCUCUGAAAUGGCCAUGAACUGAUUCAACAGCUUACAACAGCUUACAGCUGCUGCACAGCCACAGCGGCGCUGACUCACACCCCUUUCUUCUGGUUCACAGCCAGAAGUGCAAGUUCAGGACAUGAGAUCUGACUUUCAUCUUACUGUCUCAGGCAGAAGAACCUCGCUGGGAGCUGGGAUAUCUGCUGGCUUGGACCACUGCUCUCCUCACCUGGGCUGGCCAGGUGAAAGCUGGCUCAGGUGGAUGGGCGCACACCACGCUUGCCAUCCCUUGUCUCGCUGCAUCUGGGAUGAGUCAGCUAUGCAAGAAGGAGCCCUCUCUUACCCAUAGAGGUUGCUGAUGGACCUGAGCUGAGUGCUUGGUAAUCAAAGGCAUGAAUUGCACGGUGACUGAAACCAUGCUGAGUGCAGCUCGUCCUUGUCUACACUUACAGCUUAAGUGGUCCCUGUGAGAUUUUUAACCAUAUGAGGAUGUUUUUCUUCUCCAGACACACACACUCAGAGGC